AUGUAUUCUUGUAACAAGUGUAAUAGACUAUCCAAGAGAAAACAUUGUUAUAAUUGUUCUACUAAAUACAAAUGUGAUGAGUGUAAACGAACAUUCCUCAUUAAAUCAAACUUCGAUGAUCAUAUAGUCCAAUGUCAGUCUAAAGAAAUUUUCGGUCUAGCUGACUUUGAUCCCUUUGUUUUGGUGAUUAGUGCUUUCAAACAAUUUUUGGUGAUCUAUAAACGAGAUAAUCUAACAUACGAUGACCUGGAUGAAUUAUUCAAUGAUCAUCGUAACAUAAUUGAAAACCUUUUUUUCUAUAUUAAUGAGAAACUAAAAUGUUUCAAAUUUCAAAUCUGUGUAUUCAUUCAUUUUGUGAAACCAAAUGAUGGAAAUUCAACAACGUCUUAUAUUUGUUCAUCUAUGAAAACUAUAACAACUCCAUGGAAUUCAAUGGAUGUUUUAAAUGAGUGUCAAGUUGAAAUAAGUGCAACAAUCGAUUCAUUUACAAAUAAAGGGAGUGGAUGGGCCAUAGAUGAAAUCUGUACAAUUGAAAUACGUGUUGCCAAAUAUCGUCCUGAUUCUGGUGGUUGUUAUAAACAAAAAUUACCAGAUUGGAUUCAUAACAAAAAAGCCAUAAUCUCACCAAACUGUGAAAGAAAUUGUUUCAUCUACAGUGUGUUGAUGGGGUUAUACCCACAAGUGAAAAACGCACAAAAAGUCAGUAAAUAUAAAAAGUAUCUUGACAAGUACUAUGAUUUCAAAGGUGUUGUGAAAAUUUCUGAGAUUCCAAAAUUCGAAAAAGUACACAAAAUUUCAAUCAAUAUUUAUUCAUUGGACUAUGAUGAAAAGUUUAUUAUACCACUUCAACUAUCGAAAUUCCAAUUCUCGAAAGUGGUCAACUUAUUUCUUCAUGAAGAACAUUACUACUACAUCAAAAGCUUUGACCGUUUAAUCAAUACAAAGGCCGGAAAAUCAUUGAAGCGAUGUCACAAGUGUCUUCAAGGUUUUUCCAACAUUGAUAAGUUUCUAUCACAUCAACAAACGUGUCAAUCCAAACAACUUGUUCUCCUUCCACAACCCAAUACAAAAAUAGGAUUUAUUAAGUUCAAGGCAUUGGAAAAGUAUCCGUUUAUUGUUUACGCUGAUUUUGAAACAUUAGCCAAAACAAUAGACAACGACAUUAUCUCCAAUACUUUUGAAUAUCAAAAGCACAUACCAUCUAGCUUCGGAUUCGUCUGUGUAAAUUGGAUGGGAGAAAUCAUUUACUCAAAAUUUUAUCGAGGAACCAAUACAGCGGCAAUAUUUUUUGAUGAGUUAAAUCGUUUACCAUUUCUAGUUCAACAAAUCUUUUCAAACAAUAUUAAGCCAUUGACUACAACUAUUGAACAAGAUAUUCAAAUCCAAAAUGAACCAUAUUGUUGGAUAUGUAAACAACGGUUUGAACAUAAUCAGAAAAAAGUAAGAGAUCAUAACCAUCUAACCGGACAAUUGAGAGGAGCUGCUCAUUCUUGGUGUAACCUCGAAAUCCAUUGGGAUGGUAAAAUACCAGUCGUUUUUCACAAUCUUAAAAACUUUGAUGGCCACAUUUUAGUUCAAGCUAUGAAUAGAAACAAUGUUUCAAAAGUUUCAGUUAUACCCAAUACAAUGGAAAAAUAUUCAGCCAUCUAUACCAGAAGCUUCAUUUUCAUCGAUUCAUAUGCGUUUUUAGCUUCAAGUCUCGAUUCAUUAGCUUCUAAUCUUGACGAACAAACAAAAGUGAGAUUCUUAUCACAAAUGUUCCCAAGUGAUAAGAUAAAUAAUCUAAUGAAAAAAGGAGCAUUACCAUAUGAGUACAUUGAUGAUUGGUCCAAGUUUGACGAUACUGAAUUACCACCAAUUGAUAAGUUUCAUUCAACAUUAACAAAUUCAACAAUAAGUGACGAAAUCUAUCUACGAUUACAAUCAAUUUGGAAUGAAUUCAGCUGUAAAAAUCUUGGUGAAUUUCAAGAUAUUUAUCUCAAAGUAGACGUUAUCCUUCUCGCCGCUAUCUUUGAAAGCUUUAGAGAUAGUUGUUUAAAAGAAUUUCAAUUAGAUCCAGCUCAUUACAUUUCAAUUCCGAGUUUAUCAUGGGAUUCAGCCUUACGGAUGACUAACGCUGGAUUGGAAUUACUUAGUGAUAUUGAUAUGAUCACAAUGAUUGAAAAUGGUAUACGUGGUGGUAUUUCCUGUGCAAUGACUCAUCAUGUUAAGGCUAAUAAUCCAUUGGUCCCUGGUUAUCGACAAGAGGAACCUCAUUCUUACAUCACAUACCUCGAUGUGAAUAAUCUUUAUGGGUGGGCGUUGGCUCGUAAACUACCAACAUACAACUUUAAAUGGGUCGAAGAUUUCGAUGAGAUGAUCAUCAAGAUUAAAAAUGGUGAUGAAGAUAAAGGAUAUAUAUUAGAGGUUGAUCUUGAAUACCCAACUCAUCUACACGAUUGGCAUGAUGAUUAUCCAUUAGCUGUUGAGAAGUUGACCAUCCACGAAGAUAAGUUGAGUCCUCAUCAAACUCAUAUUUUACAACUAAUGGGUGAAAUUGGUCGUAAAAGAGUGGCCACAGAGAAACUCAUACCAAACUUGAUGGAUAAGAAAAAAUAUAUUAUAUACUACAAAAACUUGAAAUACUAUCUGGAAAAAGGAUUAAUUCUAACCAAGGUUCAUCGAGCUAUUGAAUUUAUUGAAACAGCUUGGUUGGAGCCUUAUAUUAUGAUGUGUACAAAUAAACGUCAACAAGCCAAGAACUCAUUCGAAAAAGAUUUAUAUAAAUUGAUGGUAAACUCUUUAUAUGGUAAGAGUAUAGAAGACAAGAGGAAACAUUCAAAAGUUGAGAUACCAAUGUCAAGGAAAAAAAUACAAAAACUAACAAAAAACCCAUUAUUUGACCAAUUCAUGAUUCUUGAUGAAAAUAAAGCCAUUUGUAAGCUACGAAAUAAUUCUGUUGUAUUGGAUAAACCAAUCCAUUUUGGCUUCACCGUUCUUGAGUACGCAAAGCUCAAAAUGUAUCAACUUCAUUAUGAUACAUUCAAAUCUUACUAUGGAAACAAGAUAAAACUAAUCUACACUGAUACCGAUUCAUUCAUCUACCAUAUUCAAACAAACAACUUCACUCACGAUUUAAUCAACUUUAAGGAUAUUAUGGACUUUUGUGAUUACCCGAAAAAUCAUCCUCUUCAGUCAGAUUGUCAUAAAAAGAUGCUUGGUUACCUCAAGGAUGAGAUGAAUGGAAAACCAAUACACGAAGUAAUAGCCAUUAAACCUAAGAUGUACUUGAUUAAAAGCGACGAAGGGGAAAAAAAGACUGCCAAGGGGGUUCAACGAGUAGUGUUGAAACAACAGAUCAAAUAUAACCAUUUCUUUUCAUGUUUAUAUGAUUACACUACUUAUCGUCAUACAAUGCAUCGUCUUCAAAGUAAGGAGCAUCAAAUCUAUGCUGUGUCGACUGAGAAGGUUAGCUUAUCACCUUUGGAUGAUAAACGGUGGGCUAUUAACCCAAUUGAAACAUACGCGUAUGGAAAUUAUAAAAUAAAUAUGGAGACUUUGAUUUAA